CCUGGCCCAUCAUGUAGCUGCAGCACAGCCUUCCCUAACGUUGCAACUAAGGAAAAAAUCACUUUCCAGACUGUUUUGCAAGGUGUGCAAUUCCAUCUUGACUCCCUGAAAGUCCAUCUGCUGCAUCGGUCAAGAGAAACUCCACUUGCAUGAAGAUUGCACGCCUGCAGCUUGCAUCUUUGUUGCAAAACUAGCUACAGAAGAGAAGCAAGGCAAAGUCUUUUGUGCUCCCUUCCCCCAUCAAAGGAAAGGGGAAAAUGUCUCAGUCGAAAGGCAAGAAGCGAAACCCGGGCCUUAAGAUUCCGAAAGAAGCAUUCGAACAACCUCAGACCAGUUCCACGCCACCUCGAGAUUUAGACUCCAAGGCUUGCAUUUCUAUUGGAAACCAGAACUUUGAGGUGAAGGCAGAUGACCUGGAACCUAUAGUGGAGCUGGGGCGAGGUGCGUACGGGGUGGUGGAGAAGAUGCGACACGUGCCCAGCGGGCAGAUCAUGGCGGUGAAGCGGAUCCGGGCCACAGUUAAUAGCCAGGAGCAGAAACGGCUACUGAUGGAUCUGGACGUUUCCAUGAGGACAGUGGACUGUCCCUUUACCGUCACCUUCUAUGGUGCUCUCUUCCGGGAGGGUGACGUCUGGAUAUGCAUGGAGCUCAUGGAUACGUCACUAGAUAAAUUCUACAAACAAGUUAUUGAUAAAGGCCAGACAAUUCCAGAGGAUAUUUUAGGGAAGAUAGCAGUUUCUAUUGUAAAAGCAUUAGAACAUCUACACAGUAAGCUCUCCGUCAUCCAUCGAGAUGUCAAGCCUUCUAACGUGCUCAUUAAUGCUCUGGGCCAAGUGAAGAUGUGUGAUUUUGGAAUCAGUGGCUACCUGGUGGACUCUGUUGCUAAAACGAUUGACGCGGGUUGUAAACCGUACAUGGCUCCUGAACGAAUAAACCCGGAGCUCAACCAGAAGGGGUACAGUGUGAAGUCUGACAUUUGGAGUCUGGGCAUCACCAUGAUUGAGCUGGCCAUCCUCCGGUUUCCCUAUGACUCUUGGGGAACUCCCUUCCAGCAGCUAAAGCAAGUGGUAGAAGAGCCAUCCCCGCAGCUCCCGGCAGACAAGUUCUCCGCAGAGUUUGUUGACUUUACCUCACAGUGCUUGAAGAAAAAUUCCAAAGAACGGCCCACAUAUCCAGAGCUUAUGCAACACCCAUUUUUCACCCUACACGAAUCCAAAGUGACAGAUGUGGCAUCUUUUGUAAAACUGAUACUUGGGGACUAAAAAGCCAUGGACUUAACUGGUUGAUCCUACUGUGGAUUGGUGGGCUUACAGGGUGAAGUGAGUUCAUUACAGCGCCAACAAGAAAGUCAUCUUGAGAUCAUUGAACCCUGCUUUUCUGAGGGUUUUCUCUCCCUAAUUUUUCUUUUUCUUCUCCAAAGGGGGCCUUGGAAUCUCUAGUAUAGAAUGAACUCUCUAGAUGGAUGAAAUAUGAUAAAGGCUUAGGACUUGAAAAGGUGAUUAAAUAUUUAAUGACGAGUCAUACAAGUCCUCAAGCUUCUCAGAUUUCUCGUGUUCUUUACAAAAUGAGUGCAUUGGCCCUGGUAACAAGGUGCUACAGUAGUGAUGAAAUUGUAAAGUAGAUUUGUAGUGUAUCCCACUUAUUAUUUUAAUAUUUAUGUUUCAGUGCUUGGUUGGAAAUAUUCCAUUUUAUGCAAGAAGGGAGAUACAGAAGCAAGGCUGACUUGGCAGUAUUUAUAGGGCUUUUAUUUUUUAAGUUCAAUCAUGUCUGUGGUCCAGAGGAAGUUAUUUAAUAUGCAUCUUUAAAGAAUAUUAUAAAAAUCUCAAACAAAGGGGCUCUUCCUGUGCAGUGUGGCUUGCAGCUGCCGUGGCCGCUGCGCCAAAAGUUCAACUCAAUCCUGGGUAACCACUUCAUCUUUUGAAUGAAUUGUCAAAGUGUCUUGAUCAUAUCCCAACCCCCAACUUUGGAAAACAUGAAAGUCACUUGUAUCAUGGCUCAAAGAGUAAAAAACAAAGCAAAACAA